AUUGAUAAUGCCAUGCGGGGCGUAAGCCCUUAACUACGUGACGCAAUAGCUAGGGGAAGCCAAUACAUAAAGCGGUACAAAGCCCAUGGCUUCACAAAAUCCCAUAACCCCAAUCGCAAUCACCACACCACAAUGUCCACCUCACAGAACACCAACACCACCACCGACAACAAGACGAAGAUCCGAGUCGCCCUAAUCGGCCUCUCCGCCUCUGCAAAAGUAACCUGGGCCGCAGAUGCGCAUCUCCCCUAUCUUCUGCACCCCCAAGGCCAAACCCACUACACCCUCACCGCGCUCCUCAACUCCUCCGUCGCCGCCGCCGAGAAGGCCAAACAGCACUUCAACCUCGCCGCCAGCGUGGAAGCAUACGGCGACCCGGAGGCCCUGGCCGCAGACCCGGACAUCGACCUCGUGGUCUGCAACACGCGCGUCGAUGUGCACUUCCCCGUCAUCGAGCCGUCUCUCCGCGCGGGCAAGGCCGUCUUCGUGGAGUGGCCGCUCGUCGAGAGUGUCGCGAGGGCGAUCGAAUUGACUGGCGACAAGCCGAUUCGCAAUUCUAUCGUUGGGCUUCAGGGUAGGGUUUCGCCGAUCGUGCUGCGGGUUAAGGAGGUUCUUGCGUCCGGUGCCAUUGGCAAGGUGUUGAAUACGGAGAUCAAAUCGUAUGGGAACCUUUUGGAGAGAGAUCGGGUGCCGGAGUCGUUGACGUAUUUCGCGGAGAGGAAGGUUGGCGGGCAUCCGGUGAACAUUCAUUUCGGGCAUCUGAUCGAUUGGGUGCAUGACACGCUGGGAGAGUUUGAGGAGUUUCAGGCGAGGGGCCAGGUCCAGAGACCGGAAUUGAAGGUCGUGGGUGCGGAUGGGGAGGAGAAAGGGACGGUCAAGUCGGAUGUUUGGGAUUGGUUUGCAGUUCAUGGGACGUUGGCACAGGGUGAGAGGACGGCAGAGAUCGUCGAGGGCGCGUCGUUGGUCGCGACGUUUCGAUUGGGACCCGCGUUCAAGGGAAAGCCCGGAUUUGAGUGGAGUAUCAACGGUACGAAAGGGGAGCUGUUGGUUACAGCGCCCGGGCCGUAUCUCAUGGCUGAUAGUUUUACGGGACCUAUUACGAUUGAGUUGCAUGAUCAUGCCACGGAUGAGGUCAAGGAUCUGGGAUGGGACUGGAAGGAGUGGCAGAAAGAUGAACGGCUCGUAACCAGGGGAAGGAGCACAGCGGAGCUAUAUGAGAGGUUUGCUGAGUGGGUUGAAUCAGGGAUGCCAGAACAAGAUGAGAAAGGGAGGGAGUUUCCGAGAAUACACGAUGCUGUUGUAAGGUUGAGGGAAUUCGACGAGCUUUAUAGGCAGUUUGAUGCGCAUAAAUGAUGGUAGAAAGUUUACUCCAUCUGAGUUUACUAGCCGAAUAUCGAUCACUAUAGGUGGAUUUAGCUAUACUGAUAUUAUUAUUCGAGGCUCAAAUUGUUCAUAUGGCGGUCAUAUCAACCGUCUAUUGUCGAA